AUGCUCGCCGGCACCGUCUUCUUCUUCCUGCGCAUCCUGCAGAUCAUCACGCUCAUCCCCAUCUGGGGCAUCCUGGCCUGGUUCGUCGACAAAGCCAACGACCAAGGGCUGACGCCGCCCGACACCGUGCUCUGCCUCUUUGUCGUGGCCGUCCUCGCGACCGUGUGGGCGCUCGCAACACUGUUCCUCUUCCACCGCAGCCGCUUCACGGACCUGUGGGUGGCCAUCGUCGACAUCUGCGUCUUUGGCGUCUUGAUCGCUGGUGUUGUCCUGCUCGGGCGGGUCGCGGAGAACACGGACUGUGUCAAUGGGUGGUCGAGCGGCGGGUGGUUGUACUGGAAUGGGGGCGUGAGAGUGGAUAGGACCUGCUCUAUGUAUAAGGCGGCGUGGGGGCUGGGGAUCCUGAAUGUGUUGUUGUUCUUUGCGACGGCGGUGAUGGCGGGGAUGAUUUGGAGGAGGGGACGGGGCGCGACGGUUGGUGAGAGGAGGGGACGGUAUUGGUAG